CUUUUCCCGGGUCUCUCUCUGGAUGUAGACGGUGUCGGAGCCCACCGAGUCCAAAACCACCCAGCACCGCCGCGAACAGUCUUAAUUCACCGGGUCCGAAGCACCAGGAAAGGGGAGGUGACUCUGAGCGCCCCUCCUUAAACGCUCUUUUUCUGGAUCCGGUUGGUUUUCCUCUCCAGGACCAGAGUCUGGUCUCCCUGAAAGCAGCCUCUGUUGAAGGAACUGGUUUAACCAUUUGGACGCAGAGCAGCCCGGAGCUCCUCCGCCUCCCUCCACCUCCCUCCCUGCCACACGGUCAGUCGGAGGUUCCUCCACCUUAGCGCCCUGUUGGGAGAUGGACCAGCUGCUCUGAGGACGUUUCCACGCGGUUCGGAAUCGGUAGCAGGACGUGAUUUGGACCAAGACUCUCCUGUUGAAGUGUGAAGCCAGAGCAACAUGUUUACUUCCUUGUUUCCAUGGUGAUCAGAGGGAGCAUGCUAAUCCACGCCUGGAUCUAAACUCAAAGAGUUUCCACCAGCCGCCUCGAGUGGGGGGGGAAGACACAGCAACGAAGUCCCUUCACCUGACGGCAGCGUCCGUACCCAGAGCCCCUCAGCAGAGACAAUCAGAGGAACUCAGCUGCACAAGAAGGCGCCAACAUGGCCAAUAACACGGCCGACCACCCGCCGGGGAACUCAGUGGCUGAGGGCGGCCAUGACGGAGACUUUGGGAUCUCCAUGGAUGAACUGAAGGCCCUCAUGGAGCUCAGGAGCGCAGAGGCCGUCAACAAGAUCCAAGACUGUUACGGAGAUGUGCAGACUGUCUGUCGCAGGCUCAAAACGUCACCGAUCGAAGGUUUGUCAGGAAACCCGACUGAUUUGGAAAAACGUCACGCUGCGUUCGGGAAAAACUUCAUCCCUCCAAAAAAGGCUAAGACCUUCCUGCAGCUGGUGUGGGAGGCACUUCAAGACGCUCAGUCAUGUGGCCAGGCGGCCGGCGGCGUGGAGGACGAGGGAGAAGCCCAGGCUGGCUGGAUCGAAGGCGCCGCCAUCUUGUUCUCGGUGGUCAUCGUGGUCCUGGUGACGGCUUUCAACGACUGGUCCAAAGAAAAACAGUUCCGCGGGCUUCAGAGCCGCAUCGAACAAGAACAGAAGUUCACGGUCAUCCGCAAAGGUCAGGUGAUCCAGAUCCCUGUGGCCGAGAUCGUGGUGGGAGACAUCGCUCAGAUCAAAUACGGAGACCUGCUGCCAGCUGAUGGCAUCCUCAUCCAAGGCAACGACCUGAAGCUGGAUGAGAGCUCCCUGACCGGAGAGUCCGAUCAGGUCCGCAAAUCUCUGAACAAGGACCCCAUGUUGCUGUCAGGGACUCAUGUGAUGGAAGGUUCUGGUAGGAUGGUGGUGUCGGCCGUCGGACUCAACUCCCAAACUGGCAUCAUUUUCAGCCUGCUGGGCUCCAGCGAGCACGACGAUGAAAAGAAAGUCAAAAAAGGUAAAAAACAAGGACCCCCCGAAAAUCGCAACAAAGCCAAAACUCAGGACGGCAUCGCGCUGGAGAUCCAGCCGCUGAAGAGCGAGGAGGCCACCGAGUCGGAGGAGAAGGAGGAGGUCAAACAGGUGAAGAAGGUCAAUGUGACCAAGAAGGAGAAGUCCGUGCUGCAAGGAAAACUGACCAGACUGGCUGUCCAGAUCGGGAAGGCAGGUCUGUUCAUGUCGGCUCUCACCGUCAUCAUCCUCAUCCUCUACUUUGUGAUCUACACCUUUGGGAUCCAAGGCCUCAGCUGGUUACCGGAGUGCACGCCCAUUUACAUCCAGUAUUUCGUCAAGUUCUUCAUCAUCGGCGUGACGGUGCUGGUGGUGGCCGUCCCCGAAGGGUUGCCGCUCGCCGUCACCAUCUCCCUGGCCUACUCUGUCAAGAAAAUGAUGAAGGACAACAACCUGGUGCGCCACCUCGACGCCUGCGAGACCAUGGGCAACGCCACCGCUAUCUGCUCGGACAAGACUGGGACGCUGACCAUGAACCGCAUGACGGUGGUGCAGGCGUACAUCGGAGACACGCAUCACAAAACCGUCCCGGAACCGGACGUCAUUAACCCGGGAACGCUGGAUAUCCUGGUCAACAGCAUCUCCGUCAACUCUGCGUACACCACCAAGAUCCUGCCUCCGGAGAAGGAAGGAGGGCUGCCGCGCCAUGUUGGCAACAAGACGGAGUGCGCCCUGCUGGGCCUGGUUCUGGGCCUGAAGCGGGAGUACCAGCCAAUCAGAGACGAGAUCCCAGAGGAGAAAAUGUACAAGGUUUAUACAUUCAACUCGUCCCGCAAGUCCAUGAGCACGGUGCUGCAGAAUCCUGACGGAGGCUUCCGCAUGUACAGCAAAGGAGCCUCUGAAAUCAUCCUGAGGAAGUGCUCCCGGAUCCUGGACGCCCAAGGUCAGCCCCGCAUCUUCAAGGUGAAGGACCGCGACGAGAUGGUGAGGAAGGUGAUCGAGCCCAUGGCGUGCGACGGGCUGAGGACCAUCUGCGUGGCUUACAGGGAUUUCCCCGCUGAAGCCGGAGAACCGAACUGGGACAACGAGAACGAAAUCCUGAACGACCUGACCUGCAUCGCUGUGGUGGGCAUCGAGGACCCUGUCAGACCGGAGGUACCUGCGGCUAUCGCUAAGUGCCAGCGUGCAGGAAUCACUGUGCGUAUGGUGACUGGAGACAACAUCAACACUGCCCGCGCCAUCGCCACCAAGUGCGGCAUCCUUCUGCCAGGAGAGGACUUCAUUUGUCUGGAGGGCAAAGAGUUCAACCAGCAGAUCCGAAACGACAAAGGAGAGGUUGAACAAGAACGUCUGGACAAGGUUUGGCCCAAACUGCGAGUUCUGGCUCGGUCGUCGCCGACAGACAAACACACUCUGGUUAAAGGCAUCAUCGACAGCACGGUGGGAGAAACACGACAGGUGGUGGCGGUGACUGGAGACGGCACUAACGACGGCCCCGCCCUCAAGAAAGCUGAUGUUGGCUUUGCCAUGGUAACCAUCGCUUCAUAUUUUCCUUUGUUUCAAAGCUCGGACUCUCCUCUAAAAGCCGUGCAGAUGCUCUGGGUCAACCUCAUCAUGGACACGCUGGCCUCCCUUGCCCUGGCCACCGAGCCGCCCACAGAGUCGCUGCUUCUACGCAAACCCUACGGCCGCGACAAGCCGCUCAUCUCCCGAACCAUGAUGAAGAACAUCCUGGGCCAUGCCGUGUUCCAGCUCAUCAUCAUCUUCACUCUGCUGUUUGCAGGAGAAAAUUUUUUCGACAUCGACUCUGGCCGUAACGCUCCUCUGCACUCCCCGCCAUCGGAGCACUACACCAUCGUCUUCAACGUGUUUGUGAUGAUGCAGCUCUUCAACGAGAUCAACGCCAGGAAGAUCCACGGUGAGAGGAACGUCUUCGAGGGCGUCUACAGGAACCCCAUCUUCUGCAGCGUGGUCCUGGGCACCUUCGCCCUGCAGAUCAUCAUCGUUCAGUUUGGAGGGAAGCCGUUCUCCUGCUCUCCUCUGACCAUCGACCAGUGGCUGUGGUGUGUGUUCAUCGGGAUGGGCGAGCUGCUGUGGGGACAGCUGAUCUCAGCCAUCCCGACCCACCACCUGAAGUUCCUGAAGGAGGCGGGCCACGGCAUCACAAAAGAAGAGAUCCACAAGGAGGAGAUGACCGAGGACACGGAUGAGAUCGACCACGCCGAGAUGGAGCUAAGGAGAGGCCAGAUCCUCUGGUUCAGAGGUCUGAACAGGAUCCAGACUCAGAUGGAUGUGGUCUAUACCUUCCAGACGGGCCAGGCGCCGGUGCCCGGUGCCCUGCGCCGCCAGCCGUCCGUCGUCAGCCAACACAAUGAUGCCACUGCCGCAAAAACUCUCUCUAGCCCCACCCACGUAGGGCUUAGCUCCUCCUCCUCCCUCACCAACUCGGCAGGGGCAGCGCCCCCUGCUGCUGCUUCCUCUUCCACUGCAGGCAAUUAAGGUGGUGAACGCAUUCCGUAGCUCCCUCUUUGAGAUGGAGAGUCCACAUUCCCGUAGCUCCAUCCAUAGUUUCAUGGCCCAUCCUGAGUUUGUGCCGCAGUCGGCGGAGGAGGCUCGGAUCAGCUUGAUCGAGG